AUGUCUGACCCAAACAAUCCAACAUUAAAACGAAAGAAGCGUCCUUUAACGUCUCCAACACGUUUAAAAAAGAAUGACAUGAUUAGAAUACCACAGGAUAACCCUCAAAGCACGUCUCUGAAGAAGAGAAAACGCAAGUUGAAUACUCUUGCCACAGACAAACCUCUUUUGACCGAAAGAACCAGUUCAUCCUCUCCUCCACCAAAUACGCCCACUCCUCUUGCCACAAUCACUACUGCCUCUACCGCUUCAUCACAACCAGCAGCUCCGCCAAAGAGAUCUCUUCGUGCUGCAUCACAAGCUAUCGCAAAGAGAGAAAGGGAAAGAGAGAUCCAGGAAGCAAAGGCUCCUUCUCCACCACCAACAGCAACUGAAACGAGUCCUGAAAAAACGCCUGUGAUAAAAAAGAAACGAAAGCUGCACACUCAAAAGGUACUCAUUCCCAAAACCUCCUCAUCUCAAGAAUACGAAGAAAUUGGAGACGAUAGCUACGAUAAAUAUUUGGAUAACAAUUGUCCUGCCCCCAUCACCACAGCUCCUACAAGAGUAUCUGCACGACAGAAUCCUUUGAUAUUACAAAAUAUACCCUCAAAAGUUGAACCAAAACCAGCAAUUGUCAUUGGCGUUCCCACAAGAAAGAGAAAGCUAGGGCGCACAACCUCUACUUCUGCUGCUAGAUCUACAACGAGAAAAACAGAAAAUGCUGGCGAUGCCACCACAGAACCAGACGAGGAAAUCACCAGGGCAAAAUCUUCUAUACUCGAUUUAAGCCAACAUACAAUCAUACCCAAUGAAAGCUACGUGGCGCAUUUACCGCAGAGCAGCACUAGUCGAAGAAGGAGAUCCACAACUACGGAAUCAGCAAGCACGGUGAUAUCCUUGUCCAUUGAGAGCGUCACUAGCCAAAGCAACAUUGAUCCCGUACCAGCAUCACCGCCGGAUGCCAUGUACACCAUGGAUAGUUAUACCACAAAAAGCUCGCCUACUAUAUUUUAUGAUGCUAUAUCAGAUUUUGAAGACAUGAAUAUUGAUGAUAGUAGCAUGGCCGAUGAAGAGGCCAUGAUGAUGAUGACUGAUGUGAAGGAGGAGAUUUCAUCGCAGCAAUCCUCUGGUAGUUUUUGGGGAUCCAUAUUAAAGCCAUUCAAAUAA